GGGGCUGGGCAGCGGCGCGGGGCUGCUCCGGCCCUUCGCGUGUUCCCUUCUCUGCUGGGCGCUGGGGCUGUGGCGGGCAGGGAGAGGCCGUGGACCAGCUUCGUGAGCUUCGCUCCUGCGUGCCAGACCAGCGGAACGAACAUGGAUUCACAGAAGGACGUUCAGCCUCCAAAACAGCAGCCAAUGAUUUACAUUUGUGGAGAAUGUCAUACAGAAAAUGAAAUAAAGGCAAGAGAUCCUAUCAGGUGCAGAGAGUGUGGCUACAGAAUAAUGUACAAGAAAAGGACAAAAAGAUUGGUAGUUUUUGAUGCUCGAUGAUGUCUGCUGAAGAUAGUGACUACAUAAUGCAAUCUUUCUGGUAACUUUGUUCUGUUAAACUGUUUGUGAGUAAAUGCACUCUCUUAUUUGUGUUUUAAGAGAUUGAAAUAUUAAAGUUUACAGUAAUACUAAAUUUUGUCUGUAUUGUCUUCCAUCACUAGAUUUCUAAAGCUGUUGUUUAAAGUGUAGUCAAAGUAUACAGUAUUUUUUAUGUUCAGUGAGAAUUAUAUUCUUUUUGAGUUAUCUUUGUUUUCAUUACUCUUAUCUAAACUUUAUUUGCAUUUUAACUUUGCUAAAUGUUCUUUGGACUCCUGUGAACUGUGUAAAACAACUGUGGUUUGAAUAAAUUCCACUGAAAAUAAGUAGAAGGCUGCAGAAGGCUAGGUUUGAAACAGAUCUGGAUUUCAAAAACCAAAAUCUUAAAGGACUUCAGGCCACCCAAUUCUGGCAUCCAGUUGUGGACAUGUCAAAAGUAUGGAUGCCUGGAAGUGUGAAAAAAAUCUCUCCUGAAAGAAGAGGGAGAGGGAGGCACGUUAAACAUUAAGAAGCAAUAUGGAAACACAAAUUUCUUAAGUGCUGUUUGGCUUGUUUGUAUUCAAGGAAAAAAAUAGAUCUGUGGUACAAAGAUAAUUUGGGUAGCACCCCAAAACUAA